AUCCUUCACCCCCACCAAAUUAAACUCACCUAUAUAUAAAUAUACACAAACUAUUUUUCAUAUAUACUAUAUAUAUAUAUGGAUGACCCUCUUGCGCCCACAACUAACGUGCGCCAGGAGGCACGCCACUCGCCCCCUCACCCCCCACCAACCCUUGACCAUUUCCCACAUUCCAUUUCCAAUAUCCCUGUCAUCCCCACGUGGGAAACUCCUACUACCCCCAAAUAUCCUUCUCUCCCACUAGGCACUACUAGCACAAUGAGCUCCACCUCCUCCGGCGGCGGCGGCCCCACCGGGAAACACCCCAGGUACCGCGGCAUCCGCUGCCGCAGCGGCAAGUGGGUGUCCGAAAUUCGGGAGCCCCGUAAGACCACCCGUAUAUGGCUCGGCACCUUCCAGACCCCGGAGAUGGCCGCCGCCGCCUUCGACGUGGCGGCCCUCGCCGUCAAGGGCAGCGAGGCGGUUCUUAACUUCCCCGACAGCGUUCACACGUACCCGGUUCCUGCGUCGCCUUCUCCCGGGGAUAUUCGCACUGCGGCUGCUGCGGCUGCCGCAUUGAGGAAACCGCAAACGGGAUGCGGAGAGCCGGGAGGCCACCGCGGGAGCACUGACGUCCACGUGGAGGAUGCCCAUUCGGCGGGUGCUGGAGAAGAGUACGUGGACGAGGAGGCGCUUUUUGACAUGCCGAGUUUGCUGGUAGACAUGGCGGAGGGAAUGCUGAUGUCGCCGCCGAGAAUAAAUUCGCCGCCGUCGGACGACGACUCGCCGAGAAAUACAGAGGGAGAAAGUCUAUGGAACUAUUAUUAAGUACAUGCAGGAUCACAUAUGUUUGUGCAUGAUCAUCCGAAACCCAAAAAGAAAAAAUUGAGGAAAUUAAAAUAGAUUCUUAGAAAAGGGUAAUGGGGGAAUUGGAACGUGGGAGGGUGUAACCAUGCGCGUACAAAAUUGAUGACACGAUGGUUUUGAAGUAGCUGGCCGGAGUGAGGACGUAGGUUGUCGAGUAAACAAAUAGACCGUGUGGAUCAGCCACUAUGUAUGUGUGUGUGUGUGUAUGUAUGCGCGCGCGCGUGCCUGUGGUACGUUAUGAUUUUUAGUGUAUAGUAGAUAUAUAUACAUAGCUAGUUUGCACGUUUGUAACUUGUAAUAGACGACGUCGACCCAGUUCCACCGAUCUGCUCUUAAUUCUCUGCUGUUCUUUUUGCGAGCUUAUAUAUAUAUAUACAUAUAUUUAGAGGUAGGGAAAAAGUUCAUGGAUUGAUUAACUCGCUAUUUAAAUUAAAGACCCAAAAUUUGAUGCG